CUGCUGAGGUGACAGAUAUAAAUCAGGAAGCAAUCUACCUCGAUGGAACAUUCGUUGUCCUUGAAGCUUCUGAUGGCUGCCUACUGACGGCACUUAAAAAAGGAAAUGAAGUUUCAGGACGGAGAAUUUGCGCAUUGUGGAAUUCCGAAUUUGCUGUGCCAAAUGAGGCAAGCAAAUGUGUCACGACCCUUUCAGAGUGCACUGAAGAUGUCGUGGAUCUAAUGAACCACAAGAAGGAGUGCAAGGAAUAUGAUGCUUCAGAGGAACGUAAACAAAAACGAGCUGAUGAGGAAAUCACUAAGGAAUAAAGUACUAUUUCAAAUCCAUAAA